GGCGCUCGCGCCCGGCCCAGGGGGGUGGUGCGAGCUGUCCGACUGAGCAUGCUCAGUGGGCUGGGCCAGCUCCGGGCGCCAGGAGGAAGCGUUUCCAGUGCUCCUGGCGGUGGCGCUGGGGUAUGCGGUACGGGCUAGCGUGGCGGCUGCUGCACCCCGCGCUCGGCACGACCUUCCUCCCCGUCCUCACCGCUCGCCUCUGCGGGGAGCAUCUUUCGGGCUUUCAGAGAGGGUCUUGCGGCAAAAUGGAUAACCCAGCUGUUAAGAGAAUAGUCAAUCACAUUAUCAAAUCUCCAGAGGAUAAACGAGAAUACCGAGGAUUAGAAUUGGUAAAUGGCAUCAAGGCACUCCUCAUCAGUGAUCCUACCACAGAUAAGUCAUCAGCAGCCCUUGAUGUACACAUAGGAUCCUUGUCAGAUCCCCCAAAUAUUGCUGGCUUGAGCCAUUUUUGUGAACAUAUGCUCUUCUUGGGAACGAAGAAAUAUCCAAAAGAAAAUGAAUACAGCCAAUUCCUCAGUGAGCAUGCAGGGAGUUCAAAUGCUUUCACAAGUGGAGAACACACCAACUACUACUUUGAUGUAUCACAUAAACACCUAGAAGGGGCCCUGGACAGAUUUGCCCAGUUUUUCUUGUGUCCUUUGUUUGAUGAGAGCUGCAAAGAGAGAGAGGUGAAUGCAGUUGAUUCAGAACAUGAGAAGAACGUAAUGAAUGAUGCCUGGAGACUGUUUCAGUUGGAGAAAGCUACUGGAAAUCCCAAUCAUCCCUUUAGUAAAUUUGGAACAGGUAACAAAUAUACCUUGGAAACAAGACCAACCCAAGAAGGUAUUGAUGUAAGACAAGAAUUACUGAAAUUCCAUUCAACUUAUUACUCAUCCAACUUAAUGGCAAUUUGUGUGCUGGGACGAGAGUCACUAGAUGAACUGACUGAGCUAGUUGUGAAGCUGUUUUCAGAAGUAGAGAACAAAAAUGUCCCAUUACCAGAAUUUCCAGAACACCCUUUCCAAGAAGAGCAUCUUAGGCAACUUUACAAGGUUGUACCCAUUAAGGACAUUAGAAAUCUAUAUGUUACAUUUCCAAUACCUGAUCUUCAGAAGUAUUAUAAAUCAAAUCCUGGUCAUUAUCUUGGUCAUCUUAUUGGACAUGAAGGCCCUGGAAGUCUCUUAUCAGAACUCAAAUCAAAGGGUUGGGUAAACACUCUGGUAGGAGGUCAAAAGGAAGGAGCCAGAGGUUUUAUGUUUUUCAUCAUUAAUGUGGACUUGACUGAGGAAGGACUUUUACAUGUUGAAGAUAUAAUUUUGCACAUGUUUCAAUACAUUCAGAAGUUACGUACAGAAGGACCUCAAGAAUGGGUUUUCCAAGAGUGCAAGGAUUUGAAUGCUGUUGCUUUUAGGUUUAAAGAUAAAGAGAGACCUAGAGGUUAUACAUCUAAAAUUGCAGGAAUACUGCAUUAUUAUCCCCUAGAAGAAGUACUUGCAGCAGAAUAUUUGUUAGAAGAAUUUCGUCCUGAUUUAAUAGAAAUGGUUCUUGAUAAACUGAGGCCAGAAAAUGUUCGGGUUGCAAUAGUUUCCAAAUCUUUCGAAGGACAAACAGAUCAAACAGAAGAGUGGUAUGGAACACAGUACAAACAGGAGGCUAUACCAGAUGAGGUCAUCGAGAAAUGGAAAAAUGCUGACUUAAAUGGAAAGUUUAAGCUUCCAACGAAGAAUGAAUUUAUUCCUACAAAUUUUGAGAUCUUGCCGCUAGAAAAGGAAGCAACAUCGUACCCUGCUCUUAUUAAGGACACAGCCAUGAGCAAACUUUGGUUUAAACAAGAUGACAAAUUUUUCUUACCAAAAGCUUGUCUCAACUUUGAAUUUUUCAGCCCAUUUGCUUAUGUGGAUCCCUUGCACUGUAACAUGGCCUAUUUGUACCUUGAGCUACUCAAAGACUCCCUCAACGAGUAUGCGUAUGCCGCAGAGCUCGCUGGCUUGAGCUAUGACCUCCAAAACACCAUCUAUGGGAUGUAUCUCUCUGUAAAAGGAUACAAUGACAAGCAGCCUAUUUUGCUAAAGAAGAUUAUUGAGAAAAUGGCCACCUUUGAGAUUGAUGAAAAAAGAUUUGAAAUUAUUAAGGAAGCGUAUAUGCGAUCUCUUAACAACUUUCGAGCAGAACAGCCUCAUCAGCAUGCUAUGUAUUACCUCCGACUAUUAAUGACUGAAGUGGCCUGGACCAAAGAUGAACUAAAAGACGCUCUCGAUGAUGUUACUCUCCCUCGCCUUAAGGCCUUUAUACCUCAACUCUUGUCACGGUUACAUAUUGAAGCCCUUCUUCAUGGAAAUAUAGCAAAACAGGCUGCUUUAGGAGUUAUGCAGAUGGUUGAAGACACGCUUAUUGAACAUGCUCAUACUAAACCUCUCCUUCCAAGUCAGCUUGUACGAUACAGAGAGGUUCAACUCCCUGACAGAGGCUGGUUUGUUUAUCAGCAGAGAAAUGAAGUUCACAAUAACUGUGGUAUUGAGAUCUAUUAUCAAACAGAUAUGCAGAGUACCUCAGAGAACAUGUUUUUGGAGCUCUUCUGCCAGAUCAUCUCAGAGCCUUGCUUCAACACUCUGCGUACCAAGGAACAGCUAGGUUACAUCGUAUUCAGUGGUCCCCGUCGAGCCAAUGGCAUCCAGGGUCUUCGAUUUAUCAUCCAGUCAGAAAAACCACCUCAUUAUUUAGAAAGCAGAGUGGAAGCUUUCUUGUUAUCCAUGGAAAAAUCUAUAGAAGACAUGAAUGAGGAGGCCUUCCAGAAACACAUUCAAGCCUUAGCGAUCCGUCGGCUAGAUAAACCAAAGAAACUGUCUGCAGAGUGUGCCAAAUACUGGGGAGAAAUCAUCUCUCAGCAGUACAAUUUUGACAGAGAUAACACAGAAGUUGCAUAUUUAAAAACACUCAGCAAAGAUGAUAUCAUCAAGUUCUACAAGGAGAUGUUGGCUGUAGAUGCCCCCAGGAGGCACAAGGUAUCUGUUCAUGUUCUUGCCAGGGAAAUGGACUCCUGUCCUGUUGUUGGAGAGUUUCCAUGUCAAAAUGAUGUAAAUUUGACACAAGCACCAGCCUUACCCCAACCAGAAGUUAUUGAAAACAUGACGGAAUUCAAGCGGGGUCUACCGCUCUUUCCCCUCGUGAAACCACAUAUAAAUUUCAUGGCUGCAAAACUCUGAAGAACCCAACCAAUGGAAAAAAUGCAAAUGGAUCAGCAUUCUCAUGUCUUCAGCAAGGUUCAGAAUGAACAUAAUGUUCUUAUUAGGGAGACAAUCUGGCCCAUUUUAGGAGUUUCUGGUUCAUUGAAGAUUCAUACUGUAUUAGAGACAGGCGAUUAGAAAAAGCAAUUGCAGUCAAAUGGCAUUAUGUAGAGUAUUAAAAAUCAAAACUAAUUAAAAUAUUCAAGUCUUGUAGAUGUAGUAUAUUUUUAGAAUGUUACAUACCUAUUAAAAUAUUUAAAAUUCCCUUUAAUUACUAAUGGACAUUCCCCAAACAUAACAUUUCUUAAAAUGUUAAAACUAUUCCCACAGAAUGCUCCUUCUCUAACUGUAAAAUACUCAUUUGUCAGAAAAAAAAAUACAUUAAUAAGCCUUUUCUGUAAAAAAGCUCCCUGACUUGAUAAAGAAGGCUUCAAAGCUUUUUGAAAGGUGACAAUGUUGGGUAACACCUUUUAAGAAGAAAAUCGAUCCUCAAAAAAAAAUGCUUUCUACUGGUUUGUUUAAUAAGAUCAAUGGUGAAUAUAAAAUUUGACAGAUAAUGGACAAGAAAAUACCUUUUUCUUUUACUGGUGAAAUCAUUGAAUGUGUAGGCAUGGUUUUAAUCUUUUUAUAAAUGUGAACACAUUUUCUAUUCAAAUUAGUAGAAUGGCUGGAAACCCUAGUCCAUCCCAUUUAUUUAUGGUUCCAAAAACACUAUCCCUUUCAUCAGUUUUAUCCCAUAUUGAAUUUUCUCAGGAUUUACUGUGUGGCCAUUUUCUUUUGGCUUAAAAUGAUUUUCUUUAAUUGCAAUUCCUCUUGUUUCUGAGUGGUCUAUGGGAUUCAUCACUUUUACUUCUUCCCAUUCACACACUGCUACCUUAGUUUAACAAGCACAGGUAGAGUCCCCUGAGGGAGUGCCAGACACAUUCUUCCAACCUCAAGUGAUGUUGUCAAAGCAUGCCCAGCUGCACAGUGCGUCAGAGCUGGCCUCCGGGACUUGCGGCACCGAACAGAAAAAGAGUACAUGAGGUCUGUGAACACAGCAGAAUCCUGUUCCCGUGUGGAUCAUGAGGGUGAGGCGGUAUCAGAGCCACGUUUUUUGGAGUCAUUGUGGAAAAUAAAACCCCAGAUUAUUUUUAACGGCAUGGAUUUUCUAAAAUUCUUAAAUUGUUAGUAGUCUUACUGUGUUAAUAAAUUAAUGCCUUAAAAUGUUGAUAAAUUACUUUAAAAAUAAAUAGAAAGUAACUGGAGUGAAAUAACUGAGGCUUUUAUCCCUGAGCUUCUGUCUUUUUUUUUUUCAGGUGAAGUUAAUAUAGUAGAUUCAUCUGCUUUUAAAAAUAUUUGCCAUUUUCAAAACUGAUACUUCAAAUGAAAUCGCAGAAAUGUGCUGAUUCCAUAUGCUGGUACCCGUGACAUUAGGCUGUCAAACCUGGAGCCAGUUGUAACAAACUGAAUUCUCAGAAUAGCCAGUCACCUCAGUUUUAAUAUGACAUGGCUUCCUUAUGUAGUCACAGCUUUUCACAUCUAAGUUUUUAUAUUUGCCAUUUUUCAAAUCUAAAAUUGGGGGCAUACAAACUGGGGCAAGAGUAAUUAUAAUCACAAACAUGGAGGCUGCCUUUGAACACUUGGCCCCAUUUCUACUUGCAGAUGAGCGGUGCUAUAAUGGUCUUUUUACCCUUUGCCUUCAGGACCUGACUUUCUGAAGGCUUUUGUCAUCCAUCAGGAGGUUUAUGUGUUUAUCAUUCCCUUCUGGUUCUAUGUAUUUAUAGAAUAUGCAGAUUAUUACCAAGCUGCAGAUAUAAACAAAGUAGAUAUAAAAUGGACUGGAGUGUACAAACAUGCCCUGAUAACAGUCCGUUAAAAUCCACUGGGUAAAACUUUUAUGUAGAAAAUGAAGUACUAUGGAUGCAAUUUUAACUUUUUUAAAAAAUUGGAUGAAAUUUAAUAGUAUCAAAUAAUUUUUAUGAGGAAGGUCUAUUUUUUAAGUUCUGGAAGGUGGCUCGUGUGGUGUGCCAGAACCAUGUCUGUCCUCCGGCCUUUACCCAGCUUCUGAGUUGAUCUUGCAGCACAGUUUGAUAACUCAGGCAUAUUUAAUGGGUCAUUUCAAUGGAUCCAAAGCUGCAGUGUCUAUAAGCAAUAACAGACUACCUAGGAUACUGUUAUUUACUCUUAGUGCUUGUUAAAUACAAUUUGUGAAAGAAACCGUCAAUUAUUAGUUCCAUGUAACUUUUUAAAGGCUUCUUUUGAGUAGUUGAUGUGGAAUUGAGAGCAUGUGACAGCCAGUGUGGCCAUGUGCUGGGGUUAUCCUGUUUACAAAUAAAUGGUCUGAAUUUAACCUGCA